AUGGUCCUCUGCAAUCCGGUACUCGUCCUUCACUUGAUCAAUGGGUUGCUCAGCUUUCUCUAUCCGGCCGCCACCCACAAUGCAAUCUUCGACACCUCCGUCCAACCUCAUCUAGAUGCCCAUGCUCAAGACGGCCUUUGUCGCCUGUUCACCCUCUUCAUGGUUGCAUUACAGUCAGCGCUCUAUUCGUCACAAGCAGCCAAGAUCACAAAGUCGUCCUCGCUGAACGGAGACAGGGACGAGAUGGCGAUCGACAGGUGA